GCGUGGGCUUUGCCAUGAGGCAGAUAGCGAACCUGACCAAGCCCACCUGCGUCAUCGAGCUGGAGGGCAACAAGAUCAUCGUGAAGACCCUGAGCACCUUCAAGAGCACAGAGAUCAGCUUCAAACUGGGGGAGGAGUUCGAUGAGACGACGGCCGAUGACAGACAUGUCAAGGUAGGAGGAACAGUUGGCACCGAGGACAAACAGGACACACACAGGGCAGCCCUAGCCACCAGAUGAGGAUGCUGCUAGACA